UCUACAGAUGGUUCGAGGUGCCGAAAGAUUCGUUAGAGCUCAAGACUCGGAGAACGAUUCGGCGGUUCAUUCGGAUUCCGAGGACACCAUCGAUCCUGGCAGUAGCCCUUGCACGCGUUUAGGUAGUCCUCCAAUGGCGCUUUCGCCAUCGCCCGGUCCAGCUACCACGUCUGGGAAAUCCUGCGGGGUGAUUGCCAAUAGUGCACCGCCAACCGGCAGGAAACCACGAAGACGACGAACCGCUUUUACUCACGCUCAGUUAGCAUACCUCGAGAGGAAAUUCCGUUGUCAAAAAUAUCUCAGCGUAGCGGAUCGCAGCGAUGUCGCAGACGCUUUGUCGCUCUCGGAGACCCAAGUGAAGACGUGGUAUCAAAACAGAAGGACAAAGUGGAAGCGGCAGAACCAGUUACGAUUGGAGCAGCUGCGUCAUCAAGCUACCGUCGAGAAGGAUCUUCUGGUGCGCAGCGUGGGUCUCCAUCACGGUAGUAUAGAUGCUUAUUGCUCGCCAUAUAACUCACAAACGCAAACCAGUCAUCCGCCACCACCGCCGCCGCCGUCAGCACCAUCCACCGCUUCCACGGCAGCGUUUCUCUCGACGGCGGCCGCGCUUUUCCGAAAUGUCACCUACGUUCAUGGCUGUCCUCUCUAACACGCGUAAUUUUGAAGGUCUCAAAAUUGUUUCUGAAUCACAGCGAGCAAUUUAAUUAUGUUUCCGAAGAAACAUUUCGACGAACUACAUAACUUGUGCCGUGAGUGCUAAGCUAACUCACAAUCAGUCAAAAUUAUCUCGGAUUCAUCUUUCGUUUUUUCGGGAUUUCCCAUAAUAUUUUGUGAAUUAGUUGGAAAGCAUUAACAAAUCGAUUUAUGUAAUGAAAGAAAUAUUUACAUUACUGUUUUUUUCUUUUUUGUAUUAUAUCUUUCUUAUUAUGUUACGUUUAAAAUUU